AUGGCGGGAUUAGAAAGAGCCUACGAGCAGUUUUUAACUAACUCAGAUCCUGAUAGAAGUAGAGAAGAACAGCUUAACAAGCCUUUAGAAUUAACGAUAGAUGUCAGGCUCCAGAAUAUUUUGAAUGAAGAAAUAGAACGUACUGCCAAAGAAUUUAGUGCCAAAGGGGCGGUAGGAAUAAUUGCCAAUCCUAAUAAUGGAGAAAUCUUAGCCUUUGUUAGUAAGCCUGAUUUUGAUCCUCAUUAUCCUAAUUUAGCUAAACCAGAAGAAUUAUUUAAUAUGGCCAGCCUUGGUAUAUACGAAAUGGGGUCCGUAUUUAAAGCGUUAACUAUGGCAGUAGCUUUUGAUGUUAAUUGUAUCACCAUGAAUGAUGCUUAUGAUACUAGUUACUUGAAAGUGGGGGGAUUUAAUAUAAAGGAUACUCAUUAUAUACCAGGAUGGCACAGUGUUUCAGAAAUUUUUUUACAUUCUUCGAAUACUGGAGCUACUCAAAUUAUUUUUGAGGUUGGUAAGCAGCAGUUUAAGGAGUAUUUAAAGAAGUUAGGUUUAUUAGAUCAGUUGAAAAUUGAGAUCCCAGAAAGAGGCACCCCUCUGUUUCCUUCUGAUAAAAGAUGGAGUGAUCUUACUACUGCUAUUAUGUCUUAUGGCUAUGGUUUAUCAGUUAUAUAUCCUACGAAAGAUCAAUAUGUUUCACAAGCAGCAAGUGUUCAAGUUAAGACAGAAGAAGUAGAAGGAGCUGCUGAGGAGUGUGUUAAAAAAGAGGCUCUAGACGAUACGCAUGACAGCGUAGUAACCGGCGCUACAUCAUCUGGAGGAGAAGAUUUAGCUACAGAUUCGUUGAUGUCAGAAGUACCAGUAAUAGGAGCCGAUAAUAUAUCGUAG